AUGUCUUUAGUUAAGUUGGCAAAUACGUGUGCGCACUUACAGAACUGUUCGCGAGUAAGGCUAUCUUUGACAUCGUUGCCAUACACCAAGUUGCAAUUGCAAUUUGCCUAUAACUUGUACAAGCAAGGGUUCCUAAGUUCUGUGGAGCGUGGAUCUACUCGAGGACCAGAUGACGAGUUUAUCGAGGUGACUCCAGAUAACAUUGCCACACGGCGUUUGUGGGUUGGGCUGAAAUACAGGGACAACAAGCCUGUGUUGAGUCAGUGCCGUUUGAUCUCGAAGCCUAAUAUGCGUAUUAUGAUGGGUCCUGAUGAGUUGAAGAAAGUGUGCAGUGGAGUAUCUGUGAGACAAGUAAAGCCAUUGCAACCUGGAGAAUUGAUGCUUGUGAGAACCGAGAGAAACACUAUUGUUGAUAUUCAUGAGGCUAUUGCUCAAAGACAUGGAGGAGAACUACUAUGCCGAGUUAAAUAA